CACGGCAACGGUGGAGGGUGGCACUCGCGAACGGCCAGGCAGCCAGGCGUCGUCGUCGCACCCUUGUACAACUUCGUUCGUUCGUUCGUUCAGCGUUAGUUUUUUUUCUUUCUCUCUGUUCUGCCCUCACUCACACUGGUUUUUAUUCCCCUAAUUUAUAAGCGAAUUUCCCAGUUUUUGGCCGCGGCCACCCAACGAGACACCCCUGCGAAGUCCUGCGGGGCGAGGGGGAGGUCCCUAAUGGUGAAUCCCGGUCCACCCUCAUCGGCCACCCGCUCCAACAGCCACAAUCAUGAGGCGGGCCCGUGCGUGGUUUGCACGGGAGUUGCUCGUUACGGAUUUCAUCUUUCUUUCGCGUGUUACGGUAAAGUUGAUCCAGUAGCUGUGUGUUAAAAAAAAGAAGAAAAAAAUAGAGCUGUGACCUGCUGCGGUGAUCUCCUGUGCCCACCUUCCCGAAACCCCCCACCUCUACAUCUCCUAGCUUCCCAUUCCCGUACCCUUCUUCUGCUACAGGGCAACCCGCCCUUCCAGGGCAUCCCCUUCAUCAUCCCCAUCAUCAUCAUCAUCAGCAGCAGCAGCAUCAGCAUCAGCAUCAGCGCACCUCUUGGUUAGAGGGAAGGAGGGAGAGGUGGCCUUCGCUUCCCUCCAUAGUAGUGGUGAUGGUAGCGAAUCGUUAUUGAGUGUAUGCUGUGCUGUGUAUGUGUGCGAUUGUGCGUGCCCCCCCGUGUGUCAAUGUGUAUGCAAAAAUUAUGCUGCGAUUCCACCCGCUCCCCUCCCUUCCUCAUCCCCUUCUUCAGUCCUUCUCCCUUAUAUGUAUACAUAUAUAUUCCCUAUCGCAUCCCCCCAAAUGCGUUGCGCGUGCUUCUGCUGCGAUGAUGGUGGGUGAGAGAAGAUGAGAACGUGACCCGAACCCCUCCCUCCCUCCCCCCCUCUUUUCCGCGAAGGCCAUGAGGUCUAUCAUCCUGGUGUCGUUGUUUCGGGUGCCUGUGUGUGUGUGUCUGUGUGUAACAGUGAUUUUUGGUUUCCGAAUUCCGUUCCACCGUUCACGUGCGUGCGUGCGUGCGUGCGUGCUCACGAAGAAUCAAUUUAAUCACGGCACCUGCGUUGCGUUCCCUUGCUCCCUCGCCCCCUCCCUUUGGCUGACAACCGAUGGGACGGAGGGGGGGAGGGCAUCGAGGUCAAUCAAUUAGUGCGAGCGCGAGCCGCUGCGCGACCCGCCAGUGAGGUGUGAGGUGCACGGUGCGGGGAAGGGCAGUGAAACCCCCCGAGCGAGCGAGCAUAAAACGGGCUGUAUCGCGCGCGCGACAUCAGCCAGCAGCAGCCAGCAGCAUCCUCAACAGCAACAGCAACAGCAGCAGCAGUUAGUGAGAGCAAUCUUCAUUCCCCAUCCCUCGCCCGCCCACAUACCGUGCGCGCGCGCGCACGUGUGUGUGUCUCUGUGUGUGUAUAUAUAAAUGUAUGUGUGUGUGUGUAUGUGUGUGACACAUCCAUCCGGAAAUCGUCACUUUCUCUCCUCCUCGCUUAUCUGCUCCGCAUCCACAACCAAUCAACGAAUCGCGGCUACAAUCAAACUAUAAUCCCUUCGGAAAAUGCUCUGGUCGUGUGCAUGUGCGUGCGCGCGCGCGCGCGCCCUCGCGCCUGUAUGUGUGUGUUUGUGUGUGUAUGUCGGUGCACUCGAGCGCGAGCGGUUGUUGCCCCCUUCCCUCCCUAACUCCAGUUGUUUCCUUUGCUUCCUCUUUACACACACCCACUCGUGCAGAGCAGAGGGACGCCGCGACCGCCCCCACACACACACACAUACACAUACUUACACGCCAAGAGACAAGCGCGAACACCCGCGACCAAAAAAAAAAAAGGGUGGUUCUCCGGUAGCAUGGCGACAAACCGACUUGGCGGCCGUGGUCUGCGUGUAUGCAGAUGCUGAGCUUUUUAGCAACCGUGCAGAGGCGCUGGCCUCGCGUUCUCAAGCCCUGCUUCAUCCCGCACAAUAAAACGCACCCCCAAACACAACAAACCCCAUCAAUGCUCAACAACACUGCUGUUGUCAGUUGCUGCCGAUGUCGCAUGAUGCUGCUGCUGCUGCUGCUGUUGCUGUUGCGGCUGCUAAUGGUGAUAGUGAUGUUGGUAGAAACACCGUCGAUCGGCACCGAACAUCUCGCGAGACCAUCGCUGUCGCGGUCGCGCAAAAGUGACACGAGAGCACACGCGCGCCCCCCGUUGAAUGUCGGAACGAAAGGGCAGUUACCCACUACCCCGCCCCGAAACCCGUAUAAACAGGGAAGAAAAAAACACGCACACACACACACACACACACACACACACACACACACACACACACACACACAGACCACACAUCCGGAAGAGCCCAUUCCGCGUGAUGCGCUGCUGGGUGCCAAUCGUGUUUCGGGUUUGCGCGUGCGACCCUGCGCCCUUCGCCGCGCAGCCUCGUGAAAUCUGCUCGCGAGUUUUGCGCCGGUGGAGGUAGUGCGGAGUAGUGCCA